AAAAGUAUGGCAGUUAGUUAGUGUCCAGGUCACUCAUGAGGAAAACAACAUUUAUUCUGGUGAAUUGGGGGAUUUCCAAUCUGAACAAAUCCGGCCCGUCCCCUUCCCUGACCCCAUGACCUUUCAGCUGCAGCCUGGUGGAAUUAACAGCACAAUAGUGUCAUCAGUUGAAUGGGGAGCAGUGAAAUAUCAUCCAGGUCUAAAACUGAAGCGUCUGGCUCAGUAUUGCAGCAGGAUCCAUUCGGCGGAGUCCAACACUUCCCAACACCUGAGAGUCUUGCUCCAAAACACUGUGAACCAUCUGGCAAGUUGGUUUGCGAGCGGCUCAGCUGGAGUGUCCUGUUUAUCUGACGUCUAUUUCCUGACGCUCCUUCAUCCUUCAUCCUUCAUCCUUUCGUCGGUUAGGCAGCGAGUUGAAAGAUGUCUCUCCCGCUGUCGGUGGUGAUAUGUCUGUCGGCCAUCCAGCUCUGUCUGGGAGAUCAGCCUGUGGAGGAAGUCAUCACAACAACAGCAUACAGUAGGCAUCUGUGUCAGAAGAAUCAUGACUAACAAACUAGAAAGCAGCCAAACAAAGCCUUUGCAACUCCGCCCAGUUCGACCUUGUGCCUUCAUGUGAUACGACAAAAUCAAACAAAUGGAACAGGAUGUUCAGCACUGUACAGAGGACCCACGACAUAAAAGAAAAAGUGCCCCUCCUGGGCGGCUGGUUCGAGAGGAGUCCCGAUUCCGACGAGGUUCAGAAUGCGGCUCAGCAGGCGGUCAAGAUGUUCAACGCGCAGUCCAAGAGCAAGCGCCUGUUCAAGCUGGCCUCCAUCACCGCCGCUCAGACCCAGGUGACCAGCAUGAUCAACUUCAAGAUAGACGCAGUCCUGAGAAAAACCAAGUGUCUCAAGUCUGAAAACCACGACUUGGACAGCUGCAGUCUUGUGAAAAAGCACCUGAAGUGUCACUUCGAGGUGACGUUCAACCCACGCAACAGCAGACACGAGCUGCAGAAUUUCAAGUGCGCGGCAGUUGCGGAGACGGUUUAACUUCUGUUGCAAUCGACUGAACACUUUCGUACUCUGGUUUCAGCCCCAAUGGAGCUUUGGCUCACUUCUGAACCUGAUAUAGUCUUCACGUUUCUUUUGUGAGGAAGAAACGCAAGUGGUGGAUGUGUGGCUUGGUGGAAGAGUAACAAUUUUUUUCUUUUCUAAAAUAUUGAUCUCAAUAAAGUUUGUUUGGAAAAACGCGA